AUGGCGUUCUCCUUGUUUCGUUUCGGACGCUUUCUACGCUCUAUAUUCUCUCCAGCGGCGACCUUCAUCGGCUUCUCGUGCUUGCUUACUUUCUACUUCCUCCUCUAUCAGCCUAAUGCGGGGCCUGGGGCCAAGCAACGCGUCGGCUGGCAAGCAUGGGAAGCCGUCGGUGAAACAUCAGUGUCGGGGAGCAACGUGAACGGCUCUGUGGAUGCAAGUACAGGCGCGGGGACCGUCGGGACACCGUCUCAGGCUGAAGGCACGGAUUGGUGGAAUGUCACCUCGCAGGACACGCAGAACGUCGACUCCGCGAGCUUGCCGCUUGAUGUAUGGGACCCGCUCUUGCCUCAUGAUACAGGAUUGUCCGAGAUCGAUAUAACAACUUGUUUCAUUGAUCCAUGGUAUGCGGAGACCCUCCGCAGCGAUGUAUGCGCGCCGGCAACGACGAAAGAGGAUGACGCGUACAAGGGCAAGUGGGUCCGCGUCCCGCGCAACUUGAACGUACAGUCUGGAAUGAUGAGUUUGAACAUUUACUACCGCCGGACGCGUCGCCGCGACAUCCCUGUCGUCACUGAUCUGCGCAUCCUGCCCGACCGCGAGACGCCGAUCCCGUUCACCGCGGACUGGCACAAAGUCUCGCACAUGGUCAGCCCAUCGGGCGAGAAGCUUUAUCUCUGGUAUAGGACAGAGAAGACACUUCUGCAAAUGACGACGGCAGAGCGGCAGAACGACCUCGUGACCGAGCUCGACGUGCUCUUCGGCGACGACCAGCCAUGGUACGGGUUCGAGCGGCUCGAACGGCCAGUUCUCGAGGCCAAGCCUAUCGUGAGGCGCGAAGCCGUCUGGAUCACAUACCGCAGAGGCGUUCACCCGGCACCCCGCGCUCCCCCGCUGCACUUUUCGCACGACGGGCGCUUCAAGAUUAUGCAGAUCGCGGACCUGCACUUCUCGGUAUCUUCAGGGAGCUGCCGGGACACGCCGCUUGUGCCAUGCGCGGGGGACAACCUGACCGCGACACUGCUCGGGCGCUGGCUCGACGCGGAGCGCCCGGACCUUGUCGUGUUCUCGGGCGACCAGCUGAAUGGCCAGGGCUCGUCAUGGGACGCGCGAUCCGUCCUCGCAAAGUUUGCGCGUGCAGUGACUGACAGGGGCAUUCCCUGGGCAGCGGUAUUUGGUAAUCACGACGACGAAGACGGGGAAAGCAGAGAGGCGCAGGUCAAGUAUAUGCAAGGGCUCCCAUACAGCCUUGUGCAGGCGGGCCCGAAAGACCUGCAUGGGGUCGGGAACUACGUGUUGAAAGUGAAGAGUGCGGAUGCGUCCAUGACGCAACUUCUGACCCUGUACUUCCUGGACUCGGGAGCAUAUUCCACGGGCUUCUGGGAUUGGUUCGGGUUCUUCGUUCCUACAGAGUAUGACUGGAUACACCAGGACCAAAUUAACUGGUUCCUUCAACAAUCUUCAUGGGUUGAUCCUAUCGAGCGGCCUUUUACCCCAGACAGCGGAAAGGAUCUCGGCGAUGUCUGGAAGCGUCAGGCAGCCGACCAAAUCACACCGGGCGCCAAGCGCCUUGCGAAGCCCAACGCAUUGAUGUUUUUCCACAUUCCACUGCAGGAGAGCUACGCGGCCGCUGACGUCGAUCCAGUCACCUCGAAGCCGCUCGAUGUCGGUAUGCACGACCUUGAGGGCCAAGGUUCAGCCAAGAAGCAAGACGGGUUUUUCCACAAGGGCAUUUUGCAAGCAAUGGAGAGCGACCACCGCGCUGGCGGGAACGCGCACGAGGUGAAGGUCGUUUCGAAUGGUCACUGUCAUUUGACGGAGAACUGCAAGCGUCUCAAGGGCGUGUGGUUGUGCUUCGGAGGCGGAGGGUCAUACUCUGGCUAUGGCAGGGUGGGAUUCGACCGCCGUGUUCGCAUCUACGACAUCUCGGACUUCGGCGAAACCAUUCGCACGUACAAGCGCAUGGAGCACGACGAGAUCAUGGAUGACAUGAUUCUUGCAGGAAAAGGUGCUCCAGCGCCGUUCGAGGGUCUACGAUGAUGCUAGCGCUAUGGAGACUCGUGGACUCUUUGGAUUGUAAGAUUAUGUAUUCUAGAUAGACCGACCUGUAGUAGUACGAAUACAUGGAGUGCAAAUUGGA